AAAGAUUACAUAACAGAUUUCAAAUGCUAAUGCAGUUGCGGUUAGUUACCCCGAGCUGAGGCCGCGGGCGCCUCCCCUCCUCUGUGCCCCGCGCUGUUGAUUCCCACCGAAAUCCGGCCGGCGGCCGUUCUCUGGGGUGGGCAGCCACUGUGAGCCCCGAGGUUGCCGCACUGCUGUCGCCGAGGAAGUGAAGGGCCGCCGCCUUCGCCGUCGCGGCGGAGAACAGAUCAAGAGGAUGCAGAGAAGGAUCGCCGACUUUCGUUGUCACCGAAGGUCACCGUGGUAGCCCCGCAUGAGGCCGCCAUGGAAGGCAGGGGAGAAGAUGUUUCUGAAGGGGGUUGAAAGAAGAGGCGGCUAUCACUAAGAUCGGAAGGACCUGAAGAGAAUGCCAAUGGCCACCGCUCGUACGGAGCCCCCGCCGCCGACGGCCCGGGCGGCCCCGUCGUCGCCGCGGGAUCGCGGCACUGGCGAAGAGCAGCGAGGGGUUCGUGUGCACUGCAGCCCCUCUCUCUCGGCCGCGCCGCCGGCCACGGCUAUGUCGAUCGAGCAGACGCGCGCCGCAGCUCAACUGUUCGACCAAAUGUCGCAGCAAUGCAAGUCUCACCGUGCUGCUAUCGACGGCGGCCACCCUUCAAAGCCUCUCUCCGCGCAACAGCAAGUGCUCUGCUCCAUCGUGUUGUCUACUGGUAAUUGGAAUAUCAACCACGGAACGCACAAUGUGUUCAGCAACAAAUCACUCGAGGUCUCCACUCCUCGGGAUGAUGAGAUUCGUUAAUCUUUCCAGAUCUGUGGGUCAUUUGCAGUGCCACUUAUAUUGCUUACAAGCGUGCCCACCAAGUGUUCACCAAAAUGUCACAAAGCUAGUUCAACUGUUAGUGUUCCUUUGGUUUUAUCUCCUUAAGCAAAGCCCGCUUAAGCAUUAGUAUUUUUUCAGCCAGUGCAAGUAAACUGAUGUCAGAUUUGCUGUAUCAUACAAUUCCUUUGGUAGACUCAGGGAAGUCUGGCUUAAGGUCUCCUACAGCGAAGCAGUCAAACAACACUUGCAGCUGAAACUCGCAGAGCAUCGUAACAAUCCUGUCUUGAGGGAGCUGGAUGAACAACGAUCUCCCGAAUCAAAUGGCCCUACCCCUUCUGCAUGCUGAAACAUGUAUGCUUCGUCUUGUUCCAAUUUUAUCAUCCACAUGGACUACUAAUGGUAACAGUUUUUCACUCUCAAACUUUCCCCUAGUCUAGGUUACUUAUUGUACCCAAGAUCAAGAGUGGGCUACGGAAAUAAGUGACUUGUUUCGACUUUCGGGGGAAGAGAUGAGUUACACGGGCGGGCAAAAUCGACGGCAGCCGGAAGGCUCGUGCUUUUUAAACAAAGAAUUGAAGAUGCUUAUGCUUCAGCCAGGUAACAACGGAGGAACAGAUGGAGAGGACCGAUUCGCCAGGCAGACUGUGCAGCCCAGACACACAAUGGAACGCUGACGCAAGUUUUUCUUGUUUAUGGCGGCAACCCCUGCUCCGGCUCCUGCAAUUGGCGCUCCAUCGAUCGGCUGCUCCAUGGCCCCAAUGCCAGUCUUCCACAUGGAGGCCAAGCCAUUCCGUAUACAUACACACACGCUCCUUAUUACUGUGUAUCACACCAAAAUUAGCACUAAACCAAAUUAAACCAGGUCAAACCCAUAAGAGCAGAAGGCAUAGUAGGCAUAAAGAUCUCCGCCGGCCAUGGUUGGCCGUCGCCGUAAACGCCAACACCAUAAGUAUCUGGACACUAGCUUUGCCUUGCCUCCUAUCUCCGCCUCACCCAGCUAGUUAACUCUUCCAGCUGACCGAGAGCCCAGAGCUUCUCCUACGCACAAAUUAAGCUCAGCUCGAUCACCGUUUGUUUACUCGGAUCCUGAGCUCGGCCGGCGUCGCCAUGGGUUCCGCCGCCAGCUGCUGCUGCGGCUCCGAGAAGGUCGAGCACGGGUGCGUGAGCACGUCGUCGGUGGGCAACACAACGUGGAGGAUAUUCAGCUACAAGGAGCUCCACGCGGCCACGGGAGGGUUCAGCGAGGAGAACAAGCUGGGGGAAGGCGGCUUCGGGAGCGUGUACUGGGGCAAAACACCGGACGGGCUCCAGAUCGCCGUGAAGAAGCUCAAGCCCAACACAAACACCUCCAAGGCCGAGAUGGAGUUCGCCGUGGAGGUCGAGGUCCUGGCCCGCGUGCGCCACCGCAACCUCCUGGGCCUCCGGGGGUACUGCGCGGGCUCGGCCGCGGGGGCCGACCAGCGCAUGAUCGUCUACGACUACAUGCCCAACCUCAGCCUGCUCUCCCACCUCCACGGCCAGUUCGCCGCCGACAACACCCUGGACUGGGCCCGCCGCAUGCGGGUCAUCAUGGGCUCCGCCGAGGCCCUCGUGCACCUGCAUCACGAGGCCUCCCCGGCUAUCAUCCACCGCGACAUCAAGGCCAGUAACGUGCUCCUUGACUCUGACUUUGCGCCGCUUGUCGCUGACUUUGGGUUUGCUAAGCUUGUUCCUGACGGGGUCUCCCACAUGACGACUCGGGUCAAGGGCACGUUGGGGUACCUGGCUCCCGAGUACGCCAUGUGGGGGAAGGUCUCCGGGGCGUGCGACGUGUAUAGCUUUGGGAUACUGAUGAUCGAGCUCGUCUCCGGGAGAAAGCCCAUUGAAAGGCUCCCGUCCGGGGCCAAGAGGACCAUCACGGAGUGGGCCGAGCCCCUCAUCGCGAGGGGCCGGCUCGGUGACCUCGUGGACCCGCGCCUCCGAGGCUCAUUCGACGGAGCCCAGCUGGCGCAGGUGCUCGAGGCUGCCGCGCUCUGCGUGCAGGGAGAGCCCGAGCGGCGGCCCGACAUGCGGGCUGUCGUCCGCAUCCUCCGCGGCGAACCCGGGGACGAUGCGGCGGGCAAGGGCGGGAAUAAUAAGCCGGUGAGGCUCGAGAGCGUCAAGUACGCCGACCACCUCAUGGAGACGGAGGUCGACAGCGUCUACUCCGGCGAGGAGGACGAAAACGAGGAAGAGGAGGAUGAAGAAGAAGACGCCAUGGAGCAGAGCAGCGACGAGGUCGAGGAGUACUCGCUGAUGAUGGACGACCGGAGCAGCGCAAACUUCGGGGUGUUUGGCGCCAUGCCAGUGCCGGCGCAGACCAUGGUGCGUGACACCUACGUCAGGAGGUUUGGAGGGAAUAAUGCUGUCAAGAUCUGAUCAGGAGGAAAACUGUAUUCUAGUGGUGUCACAAUGCCAGAUAUGUUAUAUUGAUUUCGUUGAUGUAAACCUGUGCUUAGUUAAUUUGGGAGAAGAAGAACUACGGCCGACUUGGUAUGUUAAAUUAAUCCUUACUAUAUAGUUUGCUUUCUCUUCAGUCU